UAUUCAAAACUUAUUUUAUUACUUUAUUUUAUUUCAUCAUGACGUUUCUAACAAAAUCAUUAUUAUUAUUCUAUAUUGCUAUUUACUUACUAACAGUGAAUAUUCCCCUAGUUUUUUCGUGUUUCAGCUGUGAUCCCAGCUCAAAGGAAGUGGAAAAUAGUUUCCUAUCUGCUAUUGAAGAUUUGUAUUGGAGAAAGAGAGAAAACUUUAUGGCUGUCCGAGAUUUUAUUCAAGAGUUUUCUAGUGGUUUACAAACUCAGUAUCUGCAGAGGAAAUUAGACAGAUACGGAAUGAACAUGAUAGUUUCAGAAUAUAAAAUGAAAUUAACAAAGCUACAGAAGAAAUUGGAGACAGAGUUGGACGAAGAAAAGACGCCAUUACAGAUAGUCAAAGACCUCACUCCGACUUUCAAAGAACUAGCACUAGCAGUAGAAGACAUUUUUGCUAGUUUCCAAGAGCGUAAAUGUCCUAAUCAGAAAGGUUCCAAUUGUGGAAUCCUAUUUGACAAAGUGAUAAACUGUGAAACAUGCCAAGAAGAAUUUCAGAUGUGUGUUGGGGGUACAAACAAAUGGUGUACCGAUUUGGUGAAUUCAUGUCCGAUGUGCCAGUGCAUUAAAGGCAAAUGUUUCGAUGUAAGGACUAAAGAACCCUGCACACCUUGUAAAGGAUACUCAGAGUGCCUUCAAGAAAUAUUGCCGUGUGGGACUCGGGAAAUUCAAGUUGAAGAAGAAGCCGACUUGAAUUUUGAUUGCAGCGUUAAAUUUCAUUACGGCAUCCGGGAUGAAAUGGAAUACGUUCUUGAAAAGAAAAAUGGCUCAACAAUGGUUCCUAUACAAACAUUCUCCCAGCCAACAUAUGUUAAAUAUUUAGCUGACUUUAGUGAUGUUGGCAUUUAUUCCUGCACUGCACGAUCAAGAGCAACGAGGUUUCCAAUCAGCACAGUUGAUUUUAACGUAAAAGUGAUAAAAGGCGCAACAAGACCUCUGGAAAUCAGUCAAGGAACACUGCCACCAAUUCAAGAUAUUCCAGAUAUUCCAGAUGUAGACUGGACAUUAGUUAUAGCAGUGGCCAUUCUUAUUGUUAGCAUUUUCCUGGUUAUAGGUGUAAUAGUCGGCUUGAUUUUUUAUAUCAGAUGGGAUAGUAAAACAUACUUGGAUUAUGACGUGGAACAGCAGAAAAUUGCAGAAAAAGACAUGUUGAGAUUGACAUCGUUAAAUAUAAUGAAAACAGUGAAGACUCCUACUGAAGAUGGGUUUUCACCGGCAGUUGUUAGGGAGAAUUUAGAGAUUAUAACUGAGAAAUAAGAAUGUUAAUUAAGGAACAAUCUGAGAAGACAGAAUAAUGAGGACACCUACUUUAUAUCUACAAUCAAGCAAUUGACUCCAGGCAUUAAACUCUUCAUUCUUCUCAGUCUCGAAGAUAUUCGAUUCUUAGAACUACUAUGAUGUGGAAACCUCGUGUGACAUCACUGCCAACAGAA